AUGCAUGAGGAGGAAUUUAUAUUAUUGAAUCAUGCAGUAGAAGUUAUUCGAUCCUAUAUCAGCAAUUAUCAGCAAAAAUGGGAUGGUAAUAGUUUGGAGGUGAUAAGAAGCACCACAAUAAUGGUCACUUGGGAGGCACCACAAUCUGGGCGGUGCAAACUAAAUGUGGAUGGGAGGGUGUCUUGUGAUGGAAUAGCAGGUUGUGGAGGAGGUAUAAGGGGAGACUAUGAGGAAUGGCUAAGUAGUUUUUCAGUUCGAUUAAAUAAUUAUAGCUCCGUGAAAGCCGAAACAUGGGCAGUCCUUGAAGGUCUAAUAUUAUGCUUGGAUAGGGGGUUCAAAAAAGUCAAAGUGGAGACAGAUGUUGCACAGAUCACUCGAGCUAUGCUAUUUAAUGACCCGGUAAUCGGAAAUGUGCAAUUAUUCACAAGGAUUAGGAUGAUGCUGGAAAAGAAGUGGCAAGUGUAG